GUUAGGAGUCAAGCUAGUCAGUGACCUACAUUUCCCAGAAGCACUAAGUGUGAUGACGUAGUUAAUCAAGUUAGAAGAAACAUGGCGGCGAGCAACGCAGAUGGAACGCUAGGUGAACAUGUUCCUAGAUAUGAAUCUAAUGAUUUAAACUCACAGGUAAUUCAUAUCGGGUCGUUCAGAAAUUCGUGGCUAGAAACACUGCCACCCGAUUUGUAUUCCUACGAGAUAAAGUCUGAAGAAAUUGAGAUUGCUCAACUCGCAGAGGUCUUACAAAUACCCACAGAGACGUUAAACGAGCUAAAAGACAUCUGCAGUGUCGAUUCAUUGAAGAGUCACCCUGAUGACCAGCCAGUUGACUCAAAUGUCGUGCCCCCAAACCCUGAUCUCGCAUGUUUGCGGCUUCGGAAAAAACGACAAGAUUACAAAAAGACUCUUGUUAGAGACUUAGUUGGAAGACACGACACCUACUCUAAUGAGAUGGAGUCCGUACACAUGGGGUUGAUGCCAGAAGACUCCACCAGCGUGGUCCCUGAAGGCGAAAUAAUCCUGAGUUUCAACAUUGUCUACCCCAUUCUAUUUGAAAGGUUCAAGCAUGUGAGGGCCCAUCAGACCAUGCAGGUGCUUGGAAGCCAGAAUCUGACAGAGCUGAGGGAUGCUAUCUGCUGUGUCAGUGAUCUGCAAGUGUUUGGGGAAUUCAGCAAUAUGCCUGAUGCCACACCCCAGUACAUCAGCAAGGAUCACUACAAGUCUGCUUUCUUCUACUUUGAGGGAGUCUUUUAUAAUGACACGAGAUAUCCGGAAUGUCGAGACAUCAGCGAGACCACACGCGAGUGGGCAAAGACCCGUGACUUCCCAGAGUUCAAAACCGCCAAGAUGGAGGACAUGACAUUCUAUGACCUGAGGAUGAAGAUUGGCUACCCCUACUUUUACUGCCACCAAGGAGACUGCGAGCAUGUGAUGGUCCUCACUGACAUAAGGUUGAUCCAUCCCGACGAUUGCAGAGACAGGACACUGUACCCACUGCUCAGCCACAAGCACAGAGUUAUGACGCGGAAGUGUUGUGUGUGCCACCUGUACAUCAGCCGAUGGAUCACCACCAAUGACCGUCUGGCUCCCAUGGACCCCUGCCUGUUCUGUGAUAAAUGCUUCCGCAUGCUCCAUUAUGAUGCCCAGGGGAAUAAGCUGUAUGACUUCCAGGCUUACGUCUAUGUGGAUCCUGGAGUUUUCAACUAAGUCUCACUUUUUGCUUUAUUCACUUUUGAUUUGAUAAUAUUUUGUUUACAUUGAGAGGACCCAUACCUAUUUUUUUUAUUACGAGUAAAUAUGUACAUACAUUGACAAAUAUAUUUUAUUUAUUAA